CAAAAAACAACCAGACAAUGGUUUUAAACCCUGAGAAUGUUGACUCCGGCUUACAAGCUGAUUGAGUUGAUGAUCCUUCCCGCUUUAAGAUUGCCUCUCACUGGAGGAAUACGCACUCCUUUCGUCCUCCGCGAUCUCCGGGUUAGGGGUUGGAGGAACGGCCCCGGUAUUGUAAUAAAUACUGUUUCACCCAUACGGUCGAAGAGCGGGUGCUCUCGAUAGAGCGAUAAGGCGACAAGGGUCCCUGCAUCAAGGAAGCUUCACAGCUGCACCGAGAAGACGGAAUUCGAGACGACAAGACGACACCAACAAACGGCGCCACUGUAUACACUCGCUUACGACCGACAAGCAAAAGCUGCAGUGACCUCGCCAUACAUGGCCAGCAAGCCGACCGCGGCAUAGAAAUCCCCGACCCUCCUUCCCCAAUACCAGCCCGAGCUCGACCAACCACCGCCAUGUCGCUAAACAGCUAUAUCGAGAAGAAAGUGUGCAUCAUCACCACCGACGGCCGCAACCUCGUCGGCACCCUCGCCGCGCACGACUACACCACCAACCUCGUCCUCAAGAACACGAUCGAGCGGGUGAUCCGCGGGGCCGACGACGGCGAGCCCUCGGCCGAGGUGCCCCUGGGGCUGUACAUUGUGCGCGGGGAGAACGUGUGCCUAGUGGGCCUAGUGGACGAGGCGCUCGACGCGAGCAUCAACUGGACCGAGGUCAAAGGCGCGGCGAUCGGGACGACGAAACACUAGGGCCUGCUGGGGCUGGUUGGUUGGUUACUGCUCGCUGGGCAAGCAAGGCUCGGUCGGGCGGGCGGGUGUUGGUAUGGGAUGGGUUUGGGAUGGAUCUGGGAUACAGGGCGGCUGCGGCUAGCUGGAGGGCGGGCC